GUUCUCCCACCCCUAGCACUCAACGCUUUUUGAGCCAAAAAUUGUUGUAGUCGAGUGAAAAUGUGUGCGUGCUGGCGAUUUUGAAUUUAUUGGGCGGCGACUCACCGUGGCACCGUUAAGCGGAUUAAGAUCGGCUUACUAGAUGCAUAUUUAAUAGCGAAUCAAGUGCAAUAAUCAAAUUUGUUGGCCGUAUGUCGAGUGCAAGAGAGAGAGCGAGACGGCGACAAAAAAGACUCACACUGACGCACACUUACACACGGGCGCGCGCGCUGCUGCGUCUGUGUGUGCGAGUGGUAGUGGCCGUGUGUAUAAGUGUAUAGAGCGAGGAAGAGGCAGCAAGAACUCAAGUGAAAAACUCAAAACAAACUCAAAUGUCGGCGCAGGGCGAAGGGGGCGGGGCAGGAGGCGGCGGCGGUGGGGGCGGGGCUGGCUCCGAUGGAGGCGGGAACGGAGGAAGUGCCGGACAAGGUGCCGCGGGCAAUGCCACAGGGGUGGUCACCAACGGAGGCAGUUCGUCCGCCAAAAACCAGCUGCCCCUCACCCCGCGCUUCACCGCCGAGGAGAAGGAGGUGCUGUACGGCCUGUUCCAUUUGCACGAAGAGGUCAUCGACAUCAAGCACCGGAAGAAGCAGCGCAACAAGUACUCCGUCCGGGAAACGUGGGACAAGAUCGUCAAGGACUUCAACUCGCACCCGCAUGUGAGCGCCAUGCGGAACAUCAAGCAGAUACAGAAGUUCUGGCUGAACUCCAGGCUCCGCAAGCAGUACCCAUACAGGGACGGCAGCUCCUCCAAUCUCAGCUCUGGCGGCGCCAAGAUCAGCUCCAUAUCCGUGUCCGUCGCCUCGACGGUGUCCCAGCAGCUCCACCAGCAGCACGACGGCGUCAAGGUGGAGCCGGAGUACCAGAUCAGUCCCGAUGCCUCCGAGCACAAUCCCCAGGCGGAUCCCUUCGACGAGAUCGAAAUGGAUGGGAAUGAUGUGAGCGAGAUCGAAGAGGAUCCCAUGGAGCAGCAGCAGCAGCAGCAGCAGCAGGAGGCCCAGGCCCAGGCCCAAGCUCAGGCCCAGGCCCAAGCACAAGUGCAAUCCGCCGCCGCCGAGAUGCAGAAGAUGCAGCAGGUGAACGCGGCGGCGGUGGCGGUGGCAGCGGCGGCCAAUGCCACCAUGAUCAACACCCACCAGAUCAACGUGGACCAGAUCAGUGCGGAGAAACUGACCCUGAACGAUCUACUGCACUUCAAGUCGACGCGACCCCGCGAGGAGAUCAUACUGCAGAUCAAGCAUCCAGCAGAGGCUACUGCCACCCAGAUCCACGCCAUACCCUCCCAGACGCAGCAGCAUCCGAUGGCCACCAUCACCGCCGGCGGCUACAACCAGCAGAUCAUCAGCGAGAUCAAGCCGCAGCAGAUCACCUUGGCCCAGUAUCAGGCUCAGCAGCAGCAGCAGGCUCAAGCCCAGGCGCAAGCUCAGGCUCAGGCUCAAGCUCAAGCACAGGCUCAGGCUCAGGCACAGGCACAAGCUCAGGCACAGGCGCAAGCCCAAGCCCAGGCUCAACAGCUCGCCCAGCAGCAACUGGCGGCCGCCCAGCACCAGCAGUUGGCCGCCGCCGUCCAAGUGCAUCACCAGCAGCAGCAACAGGCGGCCGUGGCCGUCCAGCAGCAACAGCAGGCGGCGGCGGCGGCAGCGGCCGUCAAGAUGCAACUGAGCGCUGCCACUCCCACCUUUACGUUCAGUGCCCUACCGACGGUGACGGCGGCCACGACGGUGCCGACGGCAGUGCCAGUGCCCGUGGCCACUCCGUCGUCGGCUUCUGGGAACUCGGCGGCGGUCAACACGUCAACGGCCUCCUCCGUGAGCAUCAACAACACCAGCUUGGGCGGAGGGAAUGGAGCCACCAGUUCGCCCUCUGCCGCAGCGGACAGCUUCGAGGAGCGAAUGAACUACUUCAAGAUCCGCGAGGCCGAACUGCGCUGCAAGGAGCAGCAGCUGUCCACGGAGGCCAAGCGCAUUGAGCUAAACAAGGCGCAGGACGAGCUGAAGUACAUGAAGGAGGUCCAUCGACUGCGAGUCGAGGAGCUCAAGAUGAAGAUAAGCAUCCUGCGGAAGGAGGAGGAAAAGCUGCGCAAGUCCUCCAACUCAUGAGAUCUGGAGGACAUCAGCGAUGCCGACGAGGAUGAGCAGGACGCGCAUGCCUACUUGGAUCGCUACACCCCUGGGGGCUUUUAGUUCUAUAGUCUUAGGUCUACAACUACCAUAUACUCCUAUCUUGAAUCCUCAAUCCCAAUUCCCGAAUCCCACAUCCCAACUACCACACACCCACUUUCCACACACAUUUUUUUUGUUUUAGGUUCUUUUUUUCUAGUUGUCGCGGGGCGGGGGACACCGGUGCGACUUAAGUCCGCCGCUGGCCAGGAUUACCGACUAAGCCAUCACUAUUUGUAAAUCGCAAUCAAUCAAUUAUACAGACACACGAAUUAUACACAAAACACAGCAAAAUACAGUGGGCGUGGCCAGCUAAUCCACGAAGAAAACUUAAA